AUGGUUACUAUCGGUACCGAAGCCAAAUUAAAAUCUUGGACACCUUCUCAAUCUUGCAAAAUUCAAGAUAAAAUCAUCUCCUCGGAUUAUACUACAAAAAAGACUUUUAUACCGUCCUAUGAAAAAGAAAGACGACCGUGCAUCGAGCUACUAUUGUCGAACGAGUAUCAAAGAAUUUGGUGGCGAGAUAAGAAAAGCUGGGAAAAAGCAGUCGUUCCACAAACAAGCAAGAAAAAAUUAUUGCAAAGAAUGAUAAUUAAAAAGAUACCAAAAAAGGAUAGUUGUCCGCCGAAAUUUCCAGUGUUUGAAACAAAGAAGAAGAAGAAACCGAAAAAUAGUGAAAAUUUGGAUUUGGCAAAAAAGUCGAGUGCCGUUUAAAAAUUUUUG